AUGGCGGAUUUGCAAGGUCGCAAGGUCUUCAAGGUUUUCAACCAGGACUUUAUUGUCAACGACAACUACACUGUCACCAAGGAGCUGGGCCAGGGCGCAUACGGUAUUGUCUGUGCUGCGACCAACAAUCAGACCGGCGAAGGCGUCGCCGUCAAGAAGGUCACCAAUGUGUUCAGCAAGAAGAUCCUGGCCAAGCGGGCUCUGCGGGAGAUCAAGCUGCUCCAGCAUUUCCGUGGCCACCGCAAUAUCACUUGUCUAUACGACAUGGACAUUCCCCGACCGGAUAACUUCAACGAAACAUAUCUCUACGAAGAACUGAUGGAAUGUGACUUGGCGGCUAUCAUUCGCUCGGGACAGCCAUUGACCGACGCACACUUUCAAUCCUUCAUCUACCAGAUCCUCUGCGGGCUCAAGUAUAUCCAUUCGGCCAAUGUGCUGCACCGAGACUUGAAGCCCGGCAACCUGCUGGUCAAUGCGGACUGCGAGCUCAAGAUCUGUGACUUUGGUCUGGCGCGUGGCUUUUCCAUCGACCCGGAGGAGAACGCCGGGUACAUGACCGAGUACGUGGCGACGAGAUGGUACCGCGCGCCCGAGAUCAUGCUGAGCUUCCAGAGCUACACCAAAGCCAUUGAUGUGUGGUCAGUGGGCUGCAUUCUGGCCGAGCUGCUAGGCGGCCGACCCUUCUUCAAGGGCCGCGACUACGUCGACCAGCUGAAUCAGAUCCUGCACUACCUGGGCACGCCGAACGAAGAGACCCUGUCACGCAUCGGAUCCCCCCGUGCCCAAGAGUAUGUGCGCAACCUCCCCUUCAUGCCCAAGGUUGUCUUCCAACGACUGUUCCCGAACGCCAAUCCCGACGCCCUGGAUCUGCUAGACCGCAUGCUGGCCUUUGACCCGUCGUCGCGCGUCUCUGUCGAAGAAGCCCUCGAGCACCCUUACCUACACAUCUGGCACGACGCCUCCGACGAGCCCACCUGCCCCUCAACCUUUGACUUCCAGUUCGAAGUCGUCGACGACGUCCCGGAGAUGCGUCGCAUGAUUCUCGACGAAGUUGUCCGCUUCCGCGCUACUGUGCGCCAGCAGUCGCAGGCCCAGGCCGCCCAGCAGCAGCAGAUGGCACAGCAGACUAAUAUCCCUAUCCCGGAUAACCAGCAGCACGCCUGGAAGACUGAGGAGCCCAAGCCCCAGGAGGCAGUUCUUGGCGGCGGCCCCCCGAACGAUCUGGAGGCCUCGCUGCAGCGCGGCAUGGACGUGCAGCAUUGA